GUGGGGACCGUGCGCCAUGUCGCGACUGAUCGUGAAGAACCUCCCGAAUGGGAUGAAGGAGGAGCGAUUCAGGCAGCUGUUUGCCGCCUUCGGCACGCUCACGGACUGCAGCCUGAAGUUCACCAAAGACGGCAAGUUCCGCAAGUUCGGCUUUAUCGGCUUCAAGUCCGAGGAGGAGGCCCAAACGGCACAGAACCAUUUCAACAAGAGUUUCAUUGACACAUCCCGGAUCAUAGUGGAGUUCUGCAAGGCAUUUGGGGACCCAACAAAGCCCCGAGCCUGGAGCAAACAUGCCCAGAAACCAAGCCAGUCCAAGCAGCCUUCAAAAGACUCUGUUCCCCUGGAAACUAAGAAAGAUAAUAAGAAGAAAAAGGUAGCAGGUGAACUGGAGAAGCUGAAGGAAGAUACCGAGUUCCAGGAGUUCCUGUCGGUUCACCAGAGGCGGACACAGGCAGCCACUUGGGCAAAUGAUGUCCUGGACACCGAGCCCUUGAAAGGGAAGAGCAAACCAGCUAAUGACUACCUGAACUUCGACUCUGAUUCAGGGCAGGAGAGUGAGGAGGAGGGAGCCGGGGAGGACUCAGAAGAGGAGGAUGGCCUUGAACCAAAGACAGCUGUGCAGAAGGAGCUGUCAGACAUGGAUUACCUGAAAUCCAAGAUGGUGAAGGCCGAGUUGUCCUCUUCCUCAGAGGAGGAGGAGGAGGAGAGCGAAGACGAAGCAGUGAACUGCGACAAAGGGAGUGAGGCUGAGGAAGAGGCUUCCUCCGCUGCCCCAGCCCCACAGGAGAGACAGAGCAGGGGGUGCGGCCAGGAGCACAGGGCCCCAUCUGGGAAUAAGAGACCACCCAGUGCCCAAGCCCAGACAGAGAAACCAGUGAACCAGAAGGAACCCACCACCCCUCACACUGUGAAGCUGCGGGGAGCCCCAUUCAGUGUCACAGAGAAGAAUGUUCUGGAAUUCCUAGCCCCCCUGAAACCAGUGGCUAUUCGAAUAGUGAGAAAUGCUCACGGGAACAAAACAGGGUACAUCUUUGUGGAUUUCAGCAGUGAAGAGGAGGUAAAGAAAGCUCUGAAAUGCAACAGGGAAUACAUGGGUAGCCGCUACAUCGAGGUGUUCAGGGAAAAGAAUGUCCCCAUGACCAAGGGGCCCCUGAAGAAUAGUGCCAAAGCCUGGGAAGGCCGGACACUCGGGGAGAAUGAAGAGGAGGAGGACCUGGCUGACUCUGGGAGGCUCUUCGUGCGAAACCUGCCCUACACCAGCACAGAGGAGGACCUGGAGAAGCUCUUCUCCAAAUAUGGUCCCCUAUCUGAACUCCACUACCCCAUUGACAGCCUGACCAAGAAGCCCAAGGGCUUUGCCUUUGCCACCUUCAUGUUCCCCGAGCAUGCUGUGCAGGCCUGCGCAGAAGUGGACGGGCAGGUGUUCCAGGGCAGGAUGCUCCACGUACUACCAUCCACCAUCAAGAAGGAAGCCAGUGAGGACCCUGAAGCCCCGGGAUCCUCAUCUUAUAAAAAGAAGAAAGAGGCCAAGGACAAAGCCAACAGCUCCAGCUCUCACAACUGGAAUACGCUGUUCAUGGGGCCGAAUGCCGUGGCUGAUGCCAUUGCACAGAAGUACAAUGCCACCAAGAGUCAAGUGUUUGACCACGUGAGUGAGGGACCUGUAUAUACAUGUAAUAUAUACAUACACACAUAUACAUACAUACACACACACUGCUUUUGUAUAAAAUACAAAAUAUCUGUAUUCAUCUCCCUGCAGGCUGCAGCAGAACGAAGCAAGACUGUGAUUCUGGUGAAGAACCUCCCAGCGGGCACCCUGGCAGCUGAGCUGCAGGAGAUCUUCAGCCGUUUUGGCAGCCUGGGCCGCGUGCUGCUGCCUGAGGGCGGCAUCACUGCCAUCGUGGAGUUCCUGGAACCCCUGGAGGCCCGCAAGGCCUUCAGAAACCUGGCCUAUUCCAAGUUCCACCAUGUCCCCCUGUAUCUGGAGUGGGCUCCAGUUGGUGUCUUCUCCAGCACUGCACCACAGAAGAAAGAGCCCCGAGACUCACCAGUGGAACCUGUGGAAAAGGACAAGGCAGAACCAGAAACUGUAUCAGACAGCAAGACACCAGAAGGUGAAAAGCCAACAGAAGGAGGAGCAGACAACUCUAUAGCAAAAGUGGAGGAGGAGGAGGAGGAGGAGGAGGAGGAGAGCCUCCCAGGGUGUACUCUGUUUAUCAAAAACCUCAACUUCGACACAACAGAGGAGACGCUGAAGGAAGUGUUUUCCAAAGUGGGAAUGGUGAAGAGCUGCUCUAUUUCCAAGAAGAAGAGCAAAGCAGGAGCACUGCUUUCCAUGGGGUUUGGAUUUGUGGAAUACAGGAAGCCAGAACAGGCCCAGAAAGCUCUCAAGCAGCUGCAGGGUCACGUCGUGGACAAUCACAAGCUGGAAGUGAGGAUCUCAGAACGAGCCACCAAGCCAGCCCUGACAUCCUUUCGCAAGAAACAAGUGCCCAGAAAGCAGACGACCUCCAAGAUCCUGGUGCGGAACAUCCCCUUCCAGGCUGACAGCCGGGAGAUCCGCGAGCUCUUCAGCACCUUUGGGGAGCUGAAGACAGUCCGCUUGCCAAAGAAGAUGACCGGGCCAGGCACACACAGAGGGUUCGGCUUCGUGGACUUCCUCACCAAGCAGGAUGCGAAGAGAGCCUUCAAUGCCCUUUGUCACAGCACCCACUUGUAUGGUCGCAGGCUGGUGCUGGAGUGGGCUGACUCCGAGGUGACCCUGCAAGCCCUGCGGCGGAAGACGGCUGAGCACUUCCACGAGCCCCUGAAGAAAAAGCGGUCUGUGGUGUUGGACGAGAUCCUGGAGCAGCUGGAAGACAGUGAAAACGACAGCGAGGAGCGAACCCUUCAGCUGUGAGCUGGCACCGAGGGGCUGCUGAACUAGGAGUCCCACUUGUGUCUGUCCAAGAGACUGUACCCAGCUCAGGACUUGGCCUGUGUCCUGUACCAUCCUCGUCAUGGGGGACCACAAGCACUGGUUUAGUCGUCCAGGGAAGCCUCCAAACAGCUCGCAAGCAUCAAGUUCCAAGGCCAGGCACAGGUCUCCCUAGUUGAGCUGAGCUGUGUCACUGAUGGCAGACGUGUUCCGCUCCUGGGCUGGGGGCCCUGUGAAAUGCAUCGUCCUCACUCCUGCCGGGCAGCAUCCCAAGGCUGCUCCAGCCUGAGAUGCAGCCUCCCCCGUGGGGAGAGCUGUGCCAGCACUAGCCAGAGGCCAAGAUGGGGGAGAGGAAGGAACAGAGCUACGGCUUGUCUGACCUUGAUCCGAAACCAGAUACACCCAUUCCCAGCUGUGUGGCCUUAGACAGAUGAUGUCCCCUCUGAGCCUCAGUUUUCCUUUCUAUAAAAUGGGGGUGAUAAUUGUGCCUAGCUCAGAUAGGUGGUGCUGGAAUUAAAGGAAUCAAUCCAAGUAAAGCUCAGAGAAAAUG